AUGAAAAUUAGGAUUAACAAAUUACGAGGAUUUCUUCUAUCCACGACCAUCGCUGUGCUGUGCGUGUCUCUUCCUAAUUCCCUUCCACGGUGACCGAUCGCCAUGAACAUCUUCUCCAAGAAACCCACUGCCAAAGGUUCUUCUUCUUCUUCCGUCAAAUCAUCGCUUUCUCCCCCGGCCAAUCAUAAGGCCCUUCGUGAGAGUAAACGAGAAAUGGCGAACGCCACUAGAGGUGUGGAGAAGGAAAUUGGAGCACUACAAUUGGAAGAAAAGAAGCUUCUUGCUGAGAUAAAAAGAACUGCUAAGACAGGCAAUGAGGCAGCUACUAAAAUUCUAGCACGCCAGUUGGUCAGGCUUAGGCAACAAAUUGCCAAUCUUCAAGGUAGUAGAGCUCAGAUGAGAGGCAUAGCAACUCACACGCAGGCGAUGCAUGCCCAUUCUUCUGUUGCUGCUGGCAUGAAAGGCGCUACAAAGGCAAUGUCAGCUAUCAAUAAGCAAAUGGAGCCAGCUAAGCAAGCUAAAAUUAUACAGGACUUCCAGAAACAGUCAGCACAGAUGGAUAUGACUACUGAAAUGAUGUCCGAUGCCAUAGAUGAUGCCUUGGAUGAUGAUGAAGCUGAAGAGGAAACUGAUGAACUGACAAAUCAGGUGCUGGAUGAAAUUGGUGUGGAUGUUGCCUCACAGUUAUCAGCAGCCCCCAAAGGGAGAAUUAGAACAAAGAAUACUGAAGAUGUUAGCAGCUCGGGCAUUGACGAACUUGAGAAGCGUUUGGCAGCUCUAAGAAACCCUUAAUUUUUUGCCUGGGAUUGUGAUAGUUUUAAACAAAAAUUCAUUCCUGGAUCAUGUUUUACUGGGAUUUGACAAGUUGAGUGUGUACAUACAUCUUUGAUAUUAUCAUGUAGGAAUGAUGAUAUAUCAAAAUUGCUGAGAUGGCAAUUUACCAGCAGAAGUUUUAGUUGGGGACAUAAAGAAUAAUAAAUAGUCUUAAGUUUGAUGCUACUUUUAUGUAAACUGCCACGUUGAUUAAUGCUGAGGCUAGCCGAAAAAAACUUUUAGAUUGUUGGUGCAGGUGCUUGCUUGGAAUGAAAGCAAGGGAAAAUCAUAAAAUAGAAGCUUCUAGAUUGAA